AUGUUCGUUAACGCAGUGUUUCCCAACUGGCUUAUAUGGGACGAGUUCCUCACGCAGAUACUAGACGAUGUGCUCGUGCUCGACGCACAGCCGGACAAGACGCACCCAGUCCAGUACUGCAACUCGAAGCCGCGCUGCAUCGAUGGAUCCUUUGACACCAUCAGCUACGGCAAAGGCGCCUCCAUCUUGCGCAUGCUCUUCUCUCUUCUUGGACGCGACCGGCUGCAGAAAGCAGCACACUGUCUUCUUCAGCGCUCUAGCAGCAGGGUAUUGGACGAUAAAGUGUUCCUCGACUGCAUCUGCGACAAGGAGUGCGCCCCGGCGGAGUACGAGGAUGUUGCUGCGGUGCUUCGCUACACUGAGCGGAGCGGUCACCCGCUGCUGUAUGUGGAGCAUCUGGAAAGUGCGUGCCGCGUGACGCAGUACGAGUCGCCGGACCUGCGACAGGGCAUCCUACCAGCGUACGUGAAAGCGCAGCAGCAACAGCGGUGCGACGGCAGGUCUCCUGUGGACUUAAUGACCCCACGAUACACACGAAGCUUUGCGUGGGACCCCGAAAAGUUUCUUAAGCGGUCCGAUUACAUGGUGCCUGUGAGCAUCAUGGAGGUGCGGCCCGGGGUCUCGUCGUUUGCGCGGCCGUAUUAUAUGCGCGCAUCGCGGGAGACCAUCACGGGGGCACCCGGUCAGCUGAUUUACUUUAACUACCGCGGCACAGGUGUACUGCGGUGCGACUACGAUACGGCUACGUGGCUCCGCAUAUUUGAGAUAUCCCCCUUCCUCUCGUCAGAGGACCGCACUGUGAUUACCAUGACGCUUUUCCGUUUCCGAAGCAUGCACAUUGGGCAUGACAGCAGCGAACCCAGCGACCGCUGCACCUUGCUGCUGGAGUGGCUGCUGCUGCUCUCACAGCGCAGCUUCACCAACGCCUCGCAGUGGAAGUACAUCACAGAGCACAUGGAGCGUAUGGCGUACAUCGUGCGGGACUACCCCUGCUGGGGUAUAUUCUCUCAGUUUGUAUGCACCAUUUACGCACCCCUCGUGCAACGCGGGGUUGUCUCGUUCGCCGUGCAGGAGAAGACAGUCUCCUUCGCGUCACAGACAAACCUGUCGCGGCAAACGGUGCUGCACAUUCUACAGGUUCUCGCCAUCUGCCGCAGCUCAAUGAUCAUCGACGAGUCGAGGCAACUUGUCGACUGGGCGCUGGCCUCAGUGCUGCCAAAUCUUGCUAUGAGCAGCAGCGCUGCGGCGUACCGCGCUGUAACCUUCGACAUUAGUGACGACGUUGACACGACUGCCGCUAGCAUUGCCAUGCAGUGCCUGACGGAGCAUGGCGACAUGAAGGCUUGGUGGACGCUUGCGUGCGUGCUUGCCCGGCUGCUGGGCCACCCGCUGAGGCGCGCCGCGGUGGAGCUGCGCUGUGAGGAGGUGGACGUGCACUUUUCCCACCUCGGCGAGAAGGGGGAGCGGCGCUGGAUCAACAUGGUCGCGCCGGCGGUAUUUGCGCUUGACAGCAGCAGUGCAUUGCCGUUCCUCGUCGGCGUGCUGCAGCACUUCACGCGCCUCAACACGCCCAUCGCGAAGGCGAUACUGCGCAACAAGCGGCUCAUCACGUGGCUGUUUGAGGCCCCGGAGGCCGGCGAGAUGAUACCGCGGCUAGGUGUAAUCAGAAGACUCCUCGUGAUGCAUGUUGCGGCGUUCUGCAGCGACAGCAACCUGAUUGCCCUCAUGAAGUCCUUCGUGGCAGCCCUUCCUGAAGCCAACAGCAACAACGUGGUGGACGCGGUGCCUGGGCCGGCGGCGGGGCAUCCCAACCUGCUCGUCAACGCUGUCGCCGCGAUGGAGACGAACUAUGUGUGGAUAGAUUACUGCUGCGACCACUACCUCGCGUUUCUUUCGAUGAAGCAGUCGUCGCACGCGUGGGUCUCCAUGCACGCCGCGUCGCCGGGAUCAAACGCGGAUAUCUACGCGAUGGAUCGUGAUGGGGUGAGCAUCUAA